GCCAAUCAGGGGCAUCAGAUUGUCACAUCCUCCUUUGGUAGCGUCUCAAGGAACAUCCUCGACAUAUUUGCGAUUCUGAUGCCUGUUGCAGAAAGGGCGGCGACUCAGCCCGAGGGACUGGGUGCGUAUAUUAACUGCGGCAUCGACUGCCCGCCAACUUCGCCAUUAUUGCUCUCCUUGCCCGCACAUCUCUGGCGACUCUCGCUUUCCUUCUUUGCUUUUGUACAACUUCAAACAUUAUGGGUCUAUUCACCCUCGUGCCCAAUUACACCCUCGGGACAUGGCUCGGCGUCAUUCUACCCAGUGCCUUUGUUGCCUACUGGGUCGUAUGGAUCGUGUAUGCCAGGACCCUACAUCCGCUUUCCGCGAUACCAGGGCCGUUCUGGGCGUCUAUCAGCCGGGCCUGGUACGUGAAGCAGAUCCUGAGUGGAGACAUGGAGAAGACGCAGAGGCGGCUACACUCCCAGCAUGGCCCACUCGUUCGCAUUGCUCCCAAUGAGGUUGCCUGCGCGGAUAUAAGCGCCAUCAAGAUGCUAUAUCGCGCCCAGAAUCCUCUCCGUAAGAGCGAUUUCUAUUCAGUAUGGGGUAAUCCCGGAAUUAGCAAGCAUCCAGAUUACUUUUCCGUCUUGGACGAGAAUGUGCAUUCUACUCGGAGAAGGAUCGUGAACCAGGUGUAUUCCUUGUCGAGCGUGCUCAAAAGUGAGAAGUUCAUUGAUGGGUGUUCUAAGCUGUUCUGUGAGAGAUUGGGGGAGUAUGUGGAUGCAGCGAAAGUGUUCGACCUUGGUGAAUGGUCUCAAUGGUAUGCUUUCGACGUCAUCGGAGAGCUGUUCUACGCGGAUCAGUUUGGCUUCAUGAAGAACAGUGAAGACCAUGACUCCUGGAUCAAAUCAUUGGAUACCCUUAUGCCGCCUCUUUGCGUCACAGCAGUAUCCGCAUCCUAUGUCCGACCCUUGAUUCUUUGCUCAGCGAUCACUAUUCCUGCAGCGCGUCAUGCUCUCAAGGCUAUCGAUCACAUUGUCAAGGCCGCAAAACACUGUGUAUCAGACCGAGCCAAGAGGUUUGAGGUCAGCAAAGACCCUGGAGUCCCUCAACGACAGGACCUACUGCAACAGUUUUUCGAUAUUAUGAGGGAGAAGGGUGAAAAGCUCGACUUCGGGAUCCAUGAGAUUGAGCUUGAGGCAUAUGUCGCCUUAUUCGCUGGUAGUGAUACCACCGCUAUAGCCCUGAGGGCCACUUUCUACUACCUGAUGAAGCAUCCAGCAGUCAUGAGAGAAGCCCAGAGCGAACUUGACGCAGCUGCAGCCAAGGGCGAGCUCAGUAACCCCGUCCAAUUUGCUGAAGCUAACAAGCUGCCACUACUAUGCGCUACAAUUAAAGAAGCAAUGCGUCUUCAUCCCAGCGUACAAUUAACGAUGCCGCGCCACGCACCCCGGGGUGGUCUACAAAUUGCUGGCACAUACAUUCCAGAAGGGUACCGUGUCGGACUAAACGCAGCCGUCAUCCAUUAUGACAAGGGCGUUUUUGGCGAAGAUGCCGAUCAGUUUAGACCACAGAGAUGGCUCGAAGAAAAUGCGACCAACAUGGACAAGCACAUGUUACAUUUUGGCGCUGGUACGCGUACAUGCAUUGGCAAAAAUAUAUCUUUGGCUGAACUGCAUAAGUUGGUUCCGACUGUGCUGUUGAACUUUGACAUCAAGAUGGCACACGAGGAGCCAUGGACAACAAACAAUCUCUGGUUCUCCAAACAGGGUAAGCUGAACAUUGUAGCGACACGCCGUACGUGAGGCUUGAGAGUAGUGUAUUCAGUGUGUUGUAAAUGUUAUGGGCUAUAUUGUUUAGUUUCUGAGCACUUUUCUGAACGACAUGAGACCACAAUAAUUCAGCCGAGAGAGCCUCUUGUGAAGCUACAUGUGCAUCGCAAGGCCUAAGAUCUGAUACCCAGACCCUUGACUAUCAUAGAGAUCCGGCAACUUUGUGACUGUAUGAACAAUCAUUUAAGCCAUGGUGCUGUGCCGCAAGCUCCACCGCCAGACAAAGCUGCAGUAUUAUAGGGAUCAACGUUGCACCCGCCCUGGCUUCCUCAUCAUGGAUCAUGGAAUUGCAUUCAUCAUCGUCUGGAAGUAUUCAGCAAGAACGACAUGUGUGUAUGCAGCCAAUCGCAACGACACGACUCAAUAAUCAGCAAAUGUUUGAAAAUAUGAUCUG